ACCAACAUGGAAACAAAAAGACUAGAGAUACCUUCUGGGAUACUGGACGACCUCUGCAGUCGAUUCAUCCUACACAUUCCUAGUGAGGAAAGGGAUAAUGCCAUCCGGGUGUGCUUCCAGAUUGAGUUAGCUCACUGGUUUUACCUGGACUUCUGCAUCCCGACCACACCUGCCGCUCCACACUGUGGAAUCAGAGACUUUGCAAGAGCUGUUUUCCAACACUGUCCAUUCCUGUUGCCCCAUGGAGAGGAUGUCCAGAAAGUCCUCGAGAAGUGGAAGGAGUACAAGAUGGGUGUGCCUACAUAUGGAGCUAUCAUUCUUGAUGAGUCAUUAGAAAGUGUAUUGCUUGUUCAGGGCUACCUUGCCAAAUCAGGCUGGGGCUUUCCCAAAGGGAAAGUGAAUGAGGAUGAAGCACCUCAUGAUUGUGCAGUCCGUGAAGUCUUCGAGGAAACGGGAUUUGACAUAAAGAACCGCAUUAGCAAAGAUAUGUACAUAGAGCAGAAAAUCACCGACCAGGUUGUGAGGCUCUAUAUCAUUCCAGGAGUAUCCAAGGAUACAAAGUUUAAUCCCAAAACAAGAAAGGAAAUCAAGAAUAUUGAGUGGUUCCCGAUCGAGAAGCUGCCAUGUCACAGGAACGACAUGACCCCAAAGUCUAAACUUGGACUUGCCCCCAAUAGGUUUUUUAUGGCAAUUCCAUUUAUAAGGCCGCUAAGAGAAUGGAUCAGCAGGGUAAAAGGCGAGCCUUCGGAUAGUGAUGAAGACUUUGCAAGCAAUGGCACCACUCCAAGCAAAACCCCAGACAAUGCAAGGUCGAAAUCCAGGCGCCUCACUGGUAUAGAACUAUUUCUUGGAGAUGGUUAUACCAAACACAAGUGGCCGAAGGAGCUGAGCCAGUUUGAACAUAACCAGAGCCAUCACAUAAAAAGCAAUGGGAAGAAAUGCCAAGAGUCGCCUUACCUAAAGAAAGGAACCAAUGAAAAUGGUUUCAGCAGUCAGCAGAUCAAAAUAUUAUCAAAGGAAGAUAAACGGCUUCAACCCAGGAGACUACAAGAUAGAUUUGAGAAAGAUGGAACUCCAUGCAGCUCUUUUAAUGGUCAACAGACUGCCCAUCAAAAAGAUUUUGAGCGCACCUUCUCAUCAAAAACCUUCCUCACAUUUAAAUUCGACAAGGAUGCCAUUAUGAGGUGUUUUGACUUCUGA